AUGGUCUGGUCAUCCCCAGCUCUCCGACUCGGCGCUUUCUUGGCCGCAGCCACUUUCCAUGCGGUUCUUUCGGACGUCCUUUCCACAGGCAUCUGCUACGCCCCGUGGCAUCACGCGUCCGUCACCCACGACGUGGUCGUCAAGGACUUCCGUCAAGCCGGUCAGUUCUUCGCCAGCGUCCGGACUUUCCAGGCGCUUUUCGGCGGCGUCAAUGUGAUUGAAGCCGCUGCAGCCGCUGGGAUUAAAGUGGCGGUUGGGGUCCAGAUGACGGAAUCGGCUCUCAUUGACGCCGAGAUUGACGCGGUGUGCAAGGGGUUUCAAGCCAGUCCGGACGCUCUGGAAGCCGUGUACGUGGGCAAUGAGAACCUCAAGAACAAGGACUUUGGCGAGUUCUCGGCUGGCCAGUUAGUCGGCUACAUCAAGCGGGUCAAGGAGUGUGUUGGGAACGUCCCGGUUGGCUCAGUCCAGCGCAUCAAUGAAUGGCUCUCGUCGGACGGAGCUCCUGAACUUUCGAAAGCGUGCGACGUCAUUGGGACCAACAUCUACCCGUUCUUCACGAACGGUCCACAGAGCGCAGUGGAGAAGCUGCAGCUCCAGUGGAAGCAGAUGGCUGAUAAGUACGAUGCACAGAAGCUGCACGUGACCGAGACGGGGUGGCCUUCAGAAGGGGAGAAGUACGGCGAGAACAUGCCGUCAGCUGAUGGGAUGCAGACGUUCUUUGACGACUACGUCAAGUGGGCCAAGACCGUGCCGCAGAGCUACUGGUUCAUGAUGUACGACACGACGGUGAGCUACACGGGCGCUGAGUAUGAAAAGCACUUUGGCUCGUUCACUUCGGACGGAAAACCAAAGCUGAAGAUCCCAGGGGGCAAUGGCUCGGUAGUGCAGCAGGAGCAGGUGAACUCGACGGACUGGUCCGAGCACUCGCAGGCGAUGGACCCGUCCCAAGAAUCGCCAUCGGCGGACGUCAAGCAGGAAUCGGAGACCACCGAGGCACCUCAAUUACCGCCAGCAACGGAGCCACUUCCUGAAGAGCCAACGCCGGAGACCUCUCAGCCACCUCAACCUUCUGGGUCGGCUCAACCACCUCCACCAGCGACAGAACCGGUUCAACCACCUUCGCCAGCGACAGAACCAGUUCAACCACCUCCUGCGGAGGCAGCUCAACCACCACUAGUUGAGGCACCCCAGCCACCACCGGUUGAGGCAUCCCUGCCACCUUUAGCGGCAAAACCAGUCCAGCCUUCUCCACCUGCAUCCACUGACUCCGUUCCGCUGCCUCCGCCGGUCACUUCGUUCGAGUCAUUGGAUACGCCGAGUUCACCUGAUCAACCAGAGCAAUCGACCGUGCAUCCUGUGGACUUGGAAUCCACUGCGGCGGCCAAGUGCAAGGUCAAGAGUCUGCGUGUGUGA